GUUUCUCAAAGCUGCGUUUCGUAACAACAAGGGCCGGCUCGGCAGGACCAACUCCGAAGCUACUACACUACUCCUCGCUUCUUAUCGUUCGUAAAAAAGCUAGCUGUCAAAAUGGCCAUUGUUAUAGAGAAAAAGAAACCAUUGACACUGGUGAUGACAUUUGACGAAAAGAAUCGCAAGGUCCUUCUCGGAAUGAAGAAACGUGGUUUUGGUGCCAACAAAUUCAACGGUUUCGGCGGCAAGCUUGAGCCCGGGGAAACAGUUGUGCAAGCCGCGCAUAGAGAACUCGAGGAAGAAGCCAUGAUCUGUGCCCUGAACAUGAAUAAAAUCGGCAUCAACCUCUUUACGUUUGAAAAUGACCCAGUCGCGUUAGAAGUACACGUGUUCCGAAGUACUGAAUACCAAGGCACACCUACAGAAACGGAGGAAAUGCGACCUGAAUGGUUUUCGUAUGACGAUAUCCCAUUUGACACAAUGUGGGCAGAUGACCGAUUAUGGUUCCCGUACCUGUUGCAAGGUCAGCAUUUUCUCGGCGAGUUCCAUUUUUCAAAGGAUCAAAAACGGAUUAUGGAACAGGAUCUUCGUGCGGUGUCUCAGGUUCCUGACGAGUAUGACCUUUCACAGCGUAAACUAGCAUAAUAAUCAUACAUAUUCUUCUCUGUUUGUACUAUAUCCUCCUUCAUCUUUCUCUGCCACACUCGCUGAAAAAGAUGCGGCUUUUCAUACAAGCUUUUGGUUUAGC